AUGAUCCCAUCGGGGAUGCUCAAGUAUGUUAACGCCUACUUCGGAAUAUUUCUGACUGGCGCUGGGAUAAAUGGCCUUCUUAAUCCAAUACACAUGGGGCAGCUUUUUGGAGUGAAAGAGGUCAGCAACGAGAUGGCUGUAUUCGUCCCCGCUUUUGGAGGUCGAACAUUAGCAGCUGGAGUUGCUCUGUGGUGGAUGAUACUAGCUGGCCAUCGCAGGGCAAUUGGUAUAUUCAUGACGAGCUGGGCGAUUGCAGGGAUCGCAGACACAUACCUAUUGCUAUCGUAUAAAGGCGAGGUCGACUCGGUCUGGAUACACAUCAUGAACACAUGUAUCCUCCUUUCACCUUCUCGUAAAGCCCUGGGCUUUAGAGCCUGUAUAUACACUGUUGACGAAUAUAUCUGGACCGUUGUUCAACCUCAGGUACCAGAAUUUCGGAACAUCACUAGUACAUGGAUAGAGGGUUUUAUCAACUCUUCUACCUUCAUCACCAGCGUUGAUAAACUCGCGCAAAAGGCCGCAGCUUUGGGAACAAUCGAGGCCAUUGUCCAUACAGCCGGGGUCGGCCCCUCAGUGGGCUCUGCUCGCCGCGUUUACGAAAUCGACCUUGUUGGCACGGCAAACGUAAUUGACGCUUUCCUUCCUGUCGCGGGGCCUGGGACAAGUCUCAUUUGCAUCUCCAGUAUGGCUGGUUAUCUCUGCCCACCGUUGGAGCCCGAACUGGAAAAACAUCUCGCUACGGCCUCACGGGAUCAACUAUUGAGCCACCCGGGUCUUAACGUUGACAGCUCCGAUGCACGUGCAGCAGGAAUGGCCUACGCGUUCUCUAAACGCGGCAAUCUGCUUCGUGUGCAAUCCAUGGCCAAGGCAUGGGGCACUAGAGGAGCUAGAAUCAAUUCGGCGAGCCUGGGUGUGAUUUCUACAGAACUUGGUCGCCAGGAAACGAUGAACGGUCCAGCUGCAAAGUUUGUUGAAACAUCACCUGCAGGCAGGGUGGGUACGCCAGAAGAUAUCACCAACGUGGUUGCAUUCCUGACCAAUCCGUCGUCUUGUUUCAUCACGGGAACCGAUAUUUUGGUGGAUGGAGGUGUUGUUUCUAGUCAACGGUGGAACAAGGCUUAG